AACUUAAAUUUUUUUUCCAGAUAAAAUGGCAGUUAGAUCUUCACAGAAAGUGACAUUCGAGCAGUAUCUAGUUCCUUCCAGAUCCUCAAUUCGUUCUUCUUCAUCCAUGACUGCCUCCUCAUCCUCCAUCUCCUCGGCCUCCUCCUCCUCCUUCUCCCCAACCUCCUCUUCCUCUUCCUCUUUCUCUUCUCAUCCUGACCUGUCCCUUAAGCUAGGGUUGACCUACUCGGCUGGCUCGGAUCCAAACAGAAAUGAUAACUCCUGCAUUCUCCUAGACAACAGGGUUCAACCCGAAGCAAAUAAUCUCAUCAGUAAUGGUUUAAGCACUGAUACAACGAAAUUUGAAUCUUCUAAGCCAAAUGCCUUGUGUUUAAAUAACAGACCUUCCUCCUCCCAACAAUCGUAUAGCCAACGGGUUAAAUCAGUAACUAGAGAUGUAGCCUUCAAGGAUAAGACUUCAGUGCCCACUAGUCUACCUAUCCCGCCAAGUAGUCCAACCAGCAGCGGUAGUGGAGGUUUGAAACCUCUUAGAUCUUACAGAAAUAUUCUUCUAACAAAUCAAAGUCUACCAACUUCUGCUGACGAUGGCAAAGAAAGCUCAGGGCUAACUCAGAAAUCUCAAAACACCGGAAAAAAAUUGCUCAGUGCACCAAAAUCUCGAACUAACCAGGACAGCUCGCUAAUCAUGGAGAGAGAAAAUGAACUGACCCCGCCAGGAGAGAAAUUACUCUCCGGGUUAGAGAAGUCCUUAGCAAGAGUUUCGCACGGAGAGAAAACUGCUACUAGAGUAGUAGAGAAAAAUGUUUCGUCCAGGAAAGUUGAAAAGACUGCGCCAAGAGAAGGUGGGAUGGAUAUACCUCGAGUUAGCUUAAACAGAUCAACCUCUCAUCCCCUUCCCUCACAUAAUAUUCCGCUGAUGCAGGCCGGAAAGCUGGAUGGUAAAUCAGAACUGUACUGCAAGCUAAAAAUGGAGUCCUACCUAACCUCCAUAGACAUUAAGGUAAACAUUUAAAAAAUUAUUAAAUAU